AUGGCAGACUCCCUUCUUUCCUCUAUCACAACCUUUCACACCACGAAGAUCAUCGUCAUAGAUCCUUCCAAGUAUUCCUUCAUUGGGUCGAUCCCAAUAGUUGUGUUUGCCUGCGUGUCUUACGCAAGCAACGUCAUUCAAGAAUACAAGAAGCUUCCUUCUUCAGGCCCAAGCGAACUCACUCCUGCCAUGAUUUGCUCUAUCGAGGAAGCAAACAAGCCUGCGAAGAGGGGAAAGAAACCAAAAACACAAAAGGAGAAGAAGCUGAAAAAGCUAGCCAGGAGACUCAUUCUUCAAUCCUAUAGCGAUUCGGACUCUAAGUAUGUUCCUCCUGGUAACAAACCCACUACUCCAACAGAAUCAGAGAGCAAAAGCUCUGAUGAGGAGGCUUCGUUUCGUGGUGAUACUCCGCCUAGAUCCCCAACUCUUGAGGUACAUGUUCGCUCCCCAGUUCCCUCUUCUCCACAUGUUACAAUCCCUAUUUCCUUACCUCCAACUGUGAAACUGUCAAUUCAGUCCUUACUAGGAGUCGCUGCCUCAAAUGCUUCCAGAGUGACCAACUCAAUAACCAAGCUUGAAGAAGCCUUUGCUGCUAAGAAGCAAAAUUUUGUCCAUCUUCGCCAGUAUAUUCAAAAGGACAACGUUGCUCUUCUUUCCUCUCUCAAUGAGCGUCUUACCAAGCUUCAAGAUGACCUCACUAUGGAAAACUCCCUGAUGGAUUAA